GUCAUUCCAUUUAAAUAUCAAUUCAAACGGUUCAUUUUCUGUGUGUGUUCCCAACAAUUCGAGAGGUUUUCGAAAGAAUUUUGCAAAAUUUAAUAAAAACUAUUAUUUUUCAAAAAAUAAAACUACAAAUAAAUACAGAAAAUGUAUAAAAAUCCUGCCUCUGGCUUGCGGGAACAGCUAAAAUCGAAAACGAGCUCCACAAAUAAUAAUAAUGCCGGUGAAUAUCAUCAAGGAGCACAAACGACGAACAAAAAUCAUAUUGGCGGGAGUAUGGCGACAAAUCAGCAGCAACAGCAGCGUACCAUGAAUAAAAAGCUACCGGAGACAAAUACCAAGGUAAUGACAAAUAAUGCCAUGCCCCCGCCAAAAAGCACAAGCACUGCGGCAAGGCAUAAUAUGGCCACAACAUCGAAAAUGGGAUCAUCCACUGCCCCCAAAGUGGCUGAAAGUUGGAAAAAGCCCACAAAUCCUGUUGGGACCGGAGCGGCUAGGAUCCAAAACAAGGAAAAUCUGGCCAACGUUGAAAUAAAACAAGAAAACGGCAAGGCAAGUAAACAGCAGUUGAGCAAGGAACAAGAUACGCCAUCAAGUAGUUCCAAUAGUACCUCAUCCUCGGCGGAGGACCAACAAAAGACUGAAAUAAAAAAGGAUAGCAAAAAGGUAUGGUCUCUGUCUAAUUUCGAUAUUGGACGCCCCUUGGGUCGCGGCAAAUUCGGCAAUGUCUAUUUGGCACGAGAAAAAGAAUCCAAAUUUGUGGUUGCCCUCAAGGUAUUGUUUAAACAGCAAAUACACGAAUCCAAUGUGGAACAUCAAGUUCGACGCGAAAUCGAAAUCCAAUCCCACCUGAGACAUCCACAUAUUUUACGUCUCUAUGGCUAUUUUCAUGAUGAGGCCCGUAUAUAUUUGAUAUUGGAAUAUGCCCCAAAGGGAACCCUAUUCAAGGAGCUGCAGGCCCAACCACUUAAACGUUUCGAAGAAAGACAAUCGGCCAUAUAUAUCAAAUCGUUGGCCUCAGCCUUGCAAUAUUUACAUGAACGUGAUGUCAUACAUCGUGAUAUCAAGCCGGAAAAUUUAUUGCUCGGCCAUAAGGGUGAUUUGAAAAUAGCUGAUUUUGGCUGGUCUGUGCAUGAGCCGAAUUCGAUGCGCACCACAUUGUGUGGAACUUUGGAUUAUUUGCCACCCGAAAUGGUUCAGGGUAAACCGCAUACGAAAAAUGUUGAUCUCUGGAGUUUGGGUGUGUUGUGCUAUGAGCUGUUGGUGGGACGAGCACCAUUUUUGGCCACCGAAUAUGAUGAUACGUAUAAGAAGAUAAUAAAAGUCGAUUAUAAGUUGCCUGAUCAUGUAACGAAGGCGGCUGCCCAUUUCAUAUCGAAGCUGUUGGUGUCGAAUCCUCAGCAACGUUUGCCAUUGGAUCAAGUUCUAAUACAUCCAUGGAUUUUGGCUCAUACACAAUGAGAGAUGAUGGCAGGCAGGAAGAAGGCACUGAUUGUUAUUGGCAUAUUUAUUUUUUAAUUUCUUUUUUUUUUAGCGAUUUUAAUGGUAUUUCCCCAUUCUUUUUGUAUAUCAUCCAGAAGCAUUUUUUCAAUGUUAAUUGUAUGUUCAAUGUUUGAAGCACUUUUGUGAACUGGUAAAAUCCUAUUAAAUUGGCUAUGGGGUUUUGAAGAGCAAUCUUUUCCUAAAAUGUUUUGUGAUUGCCUCGAAUAUCCCGAAGGAAUUUAGGUUUGCCAGCCGCAUUAUGUGUUGGAAUGUAUUUUAUAUAAAUGAUUUAAUUAGUCCCAGUUUUUAUAGAUAUCCCUACAGAGAGCAAAAGAUUGAAAAACAAAUAUUUGUUCUUAAUAAUUUUAAGGUUUUUUUUUUUAAAUAUAUUUAUUACUAAUUAGUGUUUCAAAAAAAUAAUACAAAACAUGAAUGAAAAAUAGUUAUUUUUUUAACAUAAAUACAGGCUUGGCUUCUUUUAUUUUUAAA